AUAUUAGAAUCACCAUUUCUGCAUUUCACGCUUGCUUUAAUAUCUUGUAAUUAUCAACCCCAUGUUGAAUAAAUAAAAUAUAAAAUUACUAGAAGGAAAAUUCUGUCAUUCUUCAUACCAAUUUAUUCACCUAACAUUCUUAAAACAUUGAACAACCGUGUCUUGUUCCCUUAUAAGUAUGGAGUAUCAUAUUCAUACCCUUCAUCUUCUACACACAUUAAGCUGAAUAAUUAUUUUUGAGAGCUAUUGAUUCUACGAAAGUCAAAUUACCAUAUUGUAUUUGAAGAGAGAGCAGUGAUAUAUAUUUUUCAUCAAGUGAAAAACAUUCAUAUAUCUAGAAGAUGAAAGGAACAGUUGUGUUACGGAAGAAGAACAAUUUGAGUGCAUCAAUUCUUGAUGGUAUACAUGAGUUGCGAGGGAAGAAGGUGUCUUUUCGGCUAGUAAGUGCUGUCAAUGCUGAUCCAGCCAACAACUUGAAAGGGAAACUUGGAAAACCUUCAUAUCUGGAAGAACGGCUUACAAAACCAAUAGGCUUGGCAGUUGACGAGUCUGCAUACACUGUGACAUUUGAUUGGGAUGAGGAAAUCGAUAUUCCUGGUGCACUAAUCGUAAAAAACGAGCACCAUAGCGAAUUUUUCCUUAAAAACUUAACAUUAGAAGACGUCCCUCAUCACGGAAAACUUCACUUUGUUUGCAAUUCCUGGGUUUAUCCAACACAUCAAUACGAGAAAGAUCGCAUAUUCUUCACUAAUAAGGCAUAUCUACCUCAUCAAACCCCUGCAUCACUAAACAACUACCGAAAAGAAGAACUAGAGAUUUUAAGAGGAAAAGGGAAAGAAAAUGUAAUGCUAAAGGAAUGGGAUCGUGUUUACGACUAUGCGUACUAUAAUGAUCUAGGAGAUCCUGAUAAAGGUCCAGAAUCAGCGCGUCCAAUCUAUGGAGGGUCUAGUGAAUAUCCUUACCCUCGUAGAGGUCGAACAAGCCGUGCACCAACAAGGACAGACCCUUCAGCUGAGAGCAGGCUAUCAAUCAUCAAGGGAUUAAGCAUCUAUGUUCCAAGAGACGAACAAUUUGGGCACCUUAAGAUGGCUGAUUUCCUGGGUGAUUCAGUGAAGUCAUUAUCACAAACCUUUGUUGGUCUGGUGGGAGCAGUGAUUGACAAAACACCAAAAGAGUUCGAUAACUUUCAAGACGUGCUGAACAUGUUUGAAGGAGGAAUCAAGCUGCCUGAGAGUCCAUUAGUAAAUCAUAUAAGGGAAAAUAUCCCCUCAGCAUUCCUAAAAGCAAUCUUUCGAAGUGACGGUGCACAACUUCUGAAAUAUCCAUUGCCUGAUAUAAUUAGAGAGGAUAAGUCAGCUUGGAGGACUGAUGAAGAAUUUGCAAGGGAGAUGGUGGCUGGAAUACAUCCUCUUGCCAUUCGUCGUUUAGAGGAGUUUCCUCCUGUUAGUAAGCUUGAUCCUAUAGCAUAUGGAAACCAGAAAAGCUCAAUCACCAAGGAAAGUAUAGAAGAAAAACUAGAUGGGUUGACUGUAGAUGAGGCAAUCGAGAGCAAUAGGCUAUUCAUAUUAGAUCAUCAUGAUACAAUGAUGCCAUUUCUAAGGAAAAUCAACUCGAGCACUCCUUCGAAGGUUUAUGCCACCAGGACAAUCCUCUUCCUAAAAGAUGAUGAAACUUUGAAGCCAUUAGCAAUUGAGUUAAGCCUACCACAUCCAGACGGGGAUCAGUUUGGUGCUAUAAGUGAAGUAUACUUACCAGCCAAUGACGGAGUUGAAGGCUCGCUUUGGCAGUUAGCUAAAGCUUAUGUGGCUGUAACUGACUCGGGUUACCAUCAACUUAUCAGUCACUGGUUACACACACAUGCAGUCAUAGAACCAUUCGUAAUUGCAACACAUAGACAGUUGAGUGUGGUUCACCCAGUGUAUAAACUUUUGCAUCCUCACUUCCGUGAUACAAUGAAUAUAAAUUCCAUAGCUCGACAGAUUGCUCUUAAUGUUAAUGGGUUGUUUGAAGAAGCUGUCUUUCCUAGAAGCUAUGCUGUAGAGUGGACCUCUAAACUGUACAAAGACUGGGUUUUCACUGACCAAGCGCUUCCAAGAGACCUUGUCCAGAGAGGAAUGGCAGUGAAGGACUCAGAAAGCCUCCACGGAUAUAAGCUACUCAUCAAGGACUACCCGUAUGCUGUUGAUGGGCUAGAUAUAUGGUCUGCAAUCGAGACUUGGGUCAAAGAAUAUUGCUCAUUUUACUACGAUUCUGAUGACAUGGUUGCUACUGACCCUGAAUUAAAAUCCUGGUGGAAGGAAAUCAGAGAAGUAGGCCAUGGUGACAUGAAGGAAGAAAAGUGGUGGUCAGAAAUGAAUACUGUAGAAGAACUAACAGAAACUUGUACAACUAUUAUAUGGGUAGCUUCUGCACUCCAUGCAGCACUCAAUUUCGGACAGUAUCCUUAUGCAGGCUAUGUACCUAACCGGCCAACUAUAAGCCGUCAGUUCAUGCCAAAGCCAAAUACUCCAGAAUAUGAAGAGCUUAAAAAAGAUCCAGACCUUGUUUUCUUGAAGACAAUAUCAAGUCAACUUCAAGCAUUGGUGGGUGUUUCUUUGAUAGAGCUUCUAUCUAGGCAUUCUUCUGAUGAAGUUUAUCUCGGACAAAGAGACGAUAUCCCUGAAUGGACUUCAGAUCCUACACCAUUGGAUGCAUUCAAGAAUUUUGGAUCCAAGUUGGUUGAGAUUGAAGAGAAAAUUGUUGAAAGAAACAACGAUGGAAACUUGAAAAAUCGGGUAGGUCCAGCUAAGUUGGCUUACACUCUACUUUAUCCUUCAAGUGGGGUGGGAAUAACUGGUAGGGGAAUACCUAAUAGUAUCUCAACCUGAAAGUGUGAACCUUACUAUGUUUAUUUAUGAUUCUUUUACCUAUUUUUUCAAAAUUCAUGCCUGAAAUAGCUAGACAUUGUCAUCCUAUAAUGAUUAUGAUGCAGGUUAUUUAUUUGUAAUAUCUAGAAUUUUAUGUAAUUGUGAAGCAGCUAAUAAAUUAUACUAAUAAAUUUGCAUCA